AUGGGGCGACGCUGGCCGGACGUCAGAUGGACCUGGCUGCGGCGCAGUGCGUCGGAAGCCGUGGAUGGAGAGGUGCUACGGAAGAAAGGUUUGGAUGAUUCCGCUCUGGAAUUGGAUCCCUCGUUCUGGGAGGGAGCAGAGGAAUCUGAGUGGUGUGCUGUUUACAUCAAUCUUGCUCGAAGGCAGGACAGAAGAGAGCAGCUGCUGGACAAACUCCACUUCACCAGUCCUCGCCUGGCGAAGCAGAUCCGCCGCAUCGACGCCGUGGACGGACAGCAGCUGACGCUGCGCACCCGCGCGGUGUCGCAGAUCGUCAACGACGAUGCUUUGGACCGGGCGAGGCAUGCGAGGCGGCGCGGGGCCUACACAAUCGUCCACAAUGAAGGACGAUUGCUGCAUUUCGACAACCAUCUCACCAUGGGUGGCAUCGCUUGUGCCAUGUCCCACCGCUUGGCGCUGAAAGCGCUGGUGGCACAUCCCACGGCCAAAUGGGGUUUGAUCUUGGAAGAUGACAUCCUGGCUCUGGUUCCUCAUGCAGAGGAGGUGGUGGCCCGGGCUGUUAAGGCGUUGCCUGAAGAUUGGGAUGCGCUGUUCCUGGGAUAUCACGAUGAUGCGGGGAGACCUCAUCCAGCCAUCUCGCGAGAAGCUGACGCGGAGAUUGAGGUCCCAGUGCGACCCAUGCGGGAACCUUGCUUUGGGCUCUUUGCAUGGGUGGUGAGAAGGGAAGCUGCUGAGGAUCUGUUGUCCAAUGCUUUUCCAAUUGGUGGGCAGGUGGACCAUGCGAUCUCAAGCUGGCUGGUGCGUGAGCGUGGCCGGUGCUUUCAAGUGGAUCCAGGUAGCAUGAUUUUCUUCAGCCCCAAGAGUGAAGAGGCCGAAGAUUCGGAUAUCCAGACGAUGGCAACAGUAGAUGCCUUCAUGCAGAAGUUCCAGUCGUGGCAGGCCUACUACGAACACGUGUGGGGCAUGGAUUCCAUCAUGGACGGCUACCUCUUCGGUGAGAUGGAGGACUACGAGGACUUGGAGGAGUGGCAGGAGGAGAUCUUAACGCCCUUCGCCUCUCCCAGUGAUCCUGGCAGCUCUGCACCUCCCUGCGACGCGCCGCCGCCCGAAUGUUCGUCUGGCAGCUACCCAGAUCUUUAG